ACAACACUGCGAAUGAAUCCCUCUCUCUCUCUCUCUCUCUCGUCUUUUCUCUUUCUUGAAGUACUGCAGACAGAGCUGCAGCGCUAAAACACCGUCAGCUCUUGCUUUAGUUGCCGGAUAUCUUUACGAUACAAAAAUGUUUAUUUAUUAGCAGCGGCGGGCGUCUCGUAAUGGAGAACCAAUAUCGACAUCUCAUCUGCUCAGCUCCCUAAAGGAUCCAUCUUUUCACACUGAGGCCAACUGAGGAACUCACAUGCAUCUAUUACAGAAGGUUCAGACGCUCACUGAUGCUCCAGAAGGAAACACAAUGCAUUAUGAAUUUGAAGAUCAGGACUCAUGAGAGCCAUAAAGACAAAAGCUCUGUGGUGACUGCAGAUCUCUUCCCCUCCACCGUCUAAUCAUGGAUGAUACAGCUCCACAAGACAAUACUUCCCUCAUGAAGGGCGCAAGAGACAUUGCUAAGGAGGCCAAACGACAAGCUAUUAAGAAGGUCAACAAAGUUGUGGACCGUGCCUCAGACGAGUACUCCCACACUCGCGCGUACCAGCGCUUCCAGGACGAAGAUGACGACUACUACAGCCAGCCGGAUGGGAACUACACAGGAGACCACGCCAAUGAUGAAGAGGGAUCCAGCGACGCCACUGAGGGUCACGAUGACGAGGAUGAGAUAUACGAAGGAGAGUACCAGGGGAUCCCCUCGGAUGCAAAAGCCAGAGAUGGACAGGUGGCUCUGGGACAGCCGCGGGCGGACGGCCUGAAGGACCGGAGAGAGCUGGAGAACGAAAGGCAGGAGGAUGAGGAGGAGCUGGCGCAGCAGUAUGAGCUGAUCAUACAGGAGUGUGGACAUGGCAGGUUUCAAUGGCAGCUGUUCUUCACGCUGGGGCUGGCGCUCAUGUCUGACGGUGUGGAGGUCUUCGUGGUGGGCUUCGUUCUCCCUAGUGCAGAGACGGAUAUGUGUGUGCCUGACUCAAGCUCUGGAUGGCUAGGCAGCAUUGUGUACCUGGGGAUGAUGGUAGGGGCCUUCUUCUGGGGCGGCAUGGCUGACAAGGUGGGCAGACGGCAGUGUCUGCUCAUUUGUAUGUCCAUCAAUGGCUUCUUCGCCUUCCUGUCAUCUUUUGUGCAGGGCUAUGGCUUCUUCCUGCUCUGUCGCAUAAUAGCUGGCUUCGGGAUUGGUGGAGCGGUGCCCAUCGUCUUUUCAUACUUUGCUGAGGUGCUGGCAAGAGAGAAGCGUGGAGAGCAUCUGAGCUGGCUGUGCAUGUUCUGGAUGAUUGGAGAGAUUUAUGCCUCCGCCAUGGCCUGGGCCAUCAUACCUCACUACGGCUGGAGUUUCAGUAUGGGCUCGGCUUAUCAAUUCCACAGCUGGAGGGUGUUUGUGGUGGUGUGUGCUCUCCCCUGCGUUUGUGCCGUGGUGGCCUUAACGUUCAUGCCGGAGAGCCCCAGGUUCUAUUUGGAGGUGGGGAAGCACGACGAGGCCUGGAUGAUCCUCAAGCAGAUUCAUGACACAAACAUGCGAGCGCGUGGACAGCCCGAGAAAGUCUUCACCGUGAACAGAAUUAAGAUCCCAAAGCAGAUUGAUGAGUUUGUCGAGAUGCAGACUGAAUCUGGCAACCUUUUCUCAAAAGCGAUCUUCAGAAUAAAGACUGAGCUUCAUGGGAUUUGGUUGAAUUUCUUGAAGUGUUUUAAUUAUCCAGUGAAGGACAGUACAGUGAGACUUGCUAUUGUGUGGUUCACGCUGUCAUUUGGGUAUUAUGGUUUAUCUGUGUGGUUCCCUGACGUCAUCAAACAUCUUCAGGCCGAUGAAUAUGCCUCCAAAGUACAAAGGCAUAAUAAUGAGCGCAUUGAAGACUUCACCUUCAAUUUCACCUUUGAGAACCAGAUACACACUAAUAGCUUAUUUAUCAAUGACAGGUUCAUAAGUAUGAAAUUCAAGUCUGUCACUUUCAUCAAUUCCACCUUUCAGAGCUGCUUUUUUGAGGAUGUGACGUCAGUGGGAUCUUUCUUUCGAAACUGCACAUUUAUUGAGGCUGUCUUCUACAACACUGAUAUCGACGACUCCAAACUUAUAAACACAGAUGUCGUAAACAGCACAUUUUACCACAACAAAACAGGCUGUCAAAUGACAUUUGAGGAUGAUUAUAGUGCAUACUGGGUCUACUUUGUCAAUUUCUUGGGAACACUUGCUGUUCUGCCCGGCAACAUUGUGUCUGCACUUCUAAUGGACAAAAUUGGCCGCUUGUCUAUGUUAGGGUUUUCCAUGAUCCUUUCUGGUAUCAGCUGCUUCUUCCUGUGGUUUGGCACCAGUGAGUCAAUGAUGAUCGGGAUGCUGUGCUUGUACAAUGGGCUGAGUAUCUCCGCCUGGAACUCCCUGGAUGUUGUGACAGUAGAGCUGUACCCUACAGACAGAAGAGGAACUGGAUUUGGCUUCUGUAAUGCCUUGUGCAAGCUAGCCGCAGUGAUGGGAAAUCUGAUUUUUGGCUCUUUAGUGGGCAUCACCAAAGCCAUCCCCAUUCUUCUGGCUUCCUCAGUGCUCGUAGGCGGAGGUCUGGUGGGAUUGCGACUACCUGACACCAGGUCAAAUGUCCUCAUGUAACCCUUGUGUCAGAGGUCUGGAGAAACUUAAAAGGCUUGACUUAACCUUCAUUCCUCAUUAUUGUACAUUGUGUACUUAUAUUGUGUUCAUGACAAGAUACUUCUCAAUUAGGCAUUAUUGAACAGUGGGUAAAUAUUUUGACUAUCUUUAGACUUUUCUUUGUAAUAAUAACAUUUUUGCACCUUUGUACUGUAUAACUCAUUAGACCAGGACCCUCAUGUUUUUUUGUGGCUUUUUAGAGGUUAAUAACGCCUAGCAAUGGACGUGAGCGUAAAUAUUAAUGUCCCCUUAUUAAGACUUAAUCAAAACAACCUAUUAAUGAACCGUCCAAACCUGCUGCAAGUGUGUAGAGAGGAUGAUCAGAUACACCGAAACCUCAGCACAGCUGCAUCACAGCUGGCUGACUGAACCCAGAGAAUUACUGAAGAGAGGAGAGACUGGUCUACUGGUAAACAACUUUUUAUUCUAUUAUUAGUUUCAGGAAUUGACUAUACAUACUGAAAACAUCCAGAUGCAUUUUUUAAUCUAAGAAUAAUGCUUUGUUACUCAAUCUGUUUCACUGAGUAUUAUGCUUCUGGUUGAAGGUUGAAACCAAUCAUUUUUUACACUAUUAUUCAUCUUUUUUGAAUAAUCAAGCCUUUUUCAUAUGUACUCCAACCUCUGAUGAAAAAGGCCACAACUGUGCACUGUUGUCAUGCUCAAAUUACAUGUAUAAAGUUCCAGCGGCCAGAUUUAUAAAAAUCAAAAAGUCCUAUUUUGUGCUCUGCAGAUGUUUUGUUCACAUACAGUGGAGUAUAUUUUGUUCAUAAGCUUUUUAUUGUAAGCAACAAAGCCUGUUUGAUUUCACAUACUACUAUGUGACAUGUUCUGCCACUUUGUGAUUUGUCUAAUGGCGAAUGGCCUUUUGAAACUGUGCCUCUCCUACAUAAGAUCAUUAUCACAUAUGAACUUGAGGUGGCUGCUGUAUUUGAUAUCAAAGAGUGUGUAUCUGCCACUGUCACUCAUGCAAACCAUAUUACCAUCUGACAGAAAGGACUGAUGAGAGUCAAGCUGGUGAUGUCGUGGAAAGCCUUUUAUGUACAAUGUCAAAGACUCAUCUUGUUGACACAACAGGUUUGCGGGUGCAGAGGGAGUUUAGAGGGCCCGCCUCAACAUAUGGGGUCUACAAUCUGUGGAGAGGGGAAGAGAGAUGUGUUUGAGAACCACAUGACACGUGAUUCAUUUCCAAGCAUCAUUUCCAAGCCAAGUGAAAAGAAUUCUGUGUUUUUGGUUGCUCCUAUAUGACUUAGAUAUUUACAGUUGAGGUCAAAAGUUUACAUACACCUUGCAGAAUCUGCAAAAUGUUAAUUAUUUUACCAAUUAAAUAAAAUAUUUUUUAUUUAUUAUUGACCUGAAUAAGACAUUUCACAUAAAAGAUGUUUAAAUAUAGUCCGCAAAAUAAUAAUAGUUGAAUUUUUAAAAAUGACCCCAUUCAAAAGUUUACAUAUGCUUGAUUCUUCAUACUGUGUUGUUACCUGAAUGAUCCACAGCUGUUUUUUGUUUAGUGAAAGUAGAGACCCUUGUUUGUCCUGAACAGUUAAACUGCCCACUGUUCUUGACUGUAUGAUUUUGAGAUCCAUCUUUUCACACUGAAGACAACUGAGGGACUCAUUACAUAAGGCUUAAAUGCUCACUGAUGCUCUAGAAGGAAAAAAACUUUUUGAAAUUGAAAAUCGGCGUAAAUUUGACCUAUUUUGUCGUCUGGGAAACAUGUAAGUAUCCUCUGUAGCUUCUGAAAGGCAGUACAAAAUGGAAAAAAUAUGAUAUUUAGGCAAAAUAAGAAAAUGUACACAUCUUCAUUCUGUUCAAAAGUUUUCACCCCCUGUCUCUUCAUGCAUCGUUUUUUUCUUUCUGGAACAUCAGUGAGUGUUUGAACCUUCUGUAAUAGUUGCAUAUGAGUCCCUCAGUUGUCCACAGUGUGAAAAGGUGGCUCUCAAAACCAUACAGUCAUUGUUGGAAAGGGUUCAAAUACACAAAAAGCUGAAAAAAACAAUGAUUUUGUGGGACCUGAAGGAUUUUUCUGAAGAACACUGGACAGUUUAACUGUUUAGGACAAACAAGGGUCCCAUGAACAGCUAACAAAAAAACAGCUGUGGAUCAUUCAGGUAACAACACUGUAUUAAAAAUCAAGAGGAUGUAACAUUUUGAACGGGGUCAUUUUUAUAAAUUCAACUAUUAUUUUCUCUUGUGGACUAUAUGUAAACUUCUUUUAUGUGAAAUAUGUUAUUUGUAUAGGUCAGUACUUAAAAAAAUAACAUGCAUUUUGCAUGAUCCAUCUUAUUUUGGUACAAUAAUUAACACUUAGCAGAUUCUGCAAGGCGUAUGUAAACUUUUGACCUCAAUUGCAAACACAUUACUGUUUAAAGGUUUGGGUCAAACUUUUAAUUUCUUUUAAAGAAGUCAGCGGUUAUACUUUUAUUCAGCACAGAUGCAUUAAAUUGAUUAAAAUUGACAGUAAAAGCAUUUAUAGUGUUAUAAAAGAUUUCUGAGGCCAAUGAAUCAUAGUUUUCCACAAAAAAGACACAGCUGUUUUCAACAUGGAUAAUAAAUGUUUCUUGAGCACCAAAUACUGAUAAUAGCAAGAUUUGUGAUAGAUCAUGUUACACUGAAAAUUCUGCUUUGCCAUCACAUAACGUCACAUAAUUUUACAGUUUAGCUUCAACAGUCAGUGCCAAAUUCAGUUCUCUGAACGACAUGAAUCAAUAGUGUUACUAUUAUCUAGCUUUUGCUAUGUUUUGAGAGGUCUACAAUAAAAAAAUUCAAUUAAAAGGGGGAAAAAAUAGGACCUUAUAAAGUACCAUUGAUGUUUUUUAUUUCAUUUGGCUUCCAACUAACCAAAGUGGCUUAAUGCUGUCUCACUCUCAGCAAAGCUAUGCAGUUUCUUGAAGGUGUUAUUUGUAAAUGAGAUUAUAAAUGAUCAUUGCUGUAUUGUCCUUGAUCGAAUCCUGUCUUCAUCUGAAAACUUUUUUAUUUCUGCAUAUAUUUUAGUGUUGCUGUCUGAAAUGAUGUGUGUGUGUGCUUGUGAACAGUACAAACUGUGCGUGUAUAUAUCUGUGUAUGGGUAAAUGUGUGCUUAUCCGUGUAUAUUUUUGUACAUAGGGUUACAGUGAUCAACUCACAUGCUGAAAUACUGUGUGUAAUCAUUUUUGGGGGCUACAAUGGAUGAAUCGUUAGUGUGCGUACACUGCUGAAACUGUUCACUGUUCAUCGUCAUUGCAGCACUGUUCCUAAGAGACAUCACUGACCAAACUGCAUGUAUUAAACUUUUCGGGUCUGUGUGCUCAGCUCUCCAGAGAAUGUUGCGCUGUUGUGUGUUUUAUGGCAGAAAAAUACAGAAGAAUACAGCUGUCAUAUUUUGUGAAGGUAAUAAAGAUGUGCUGA